AUGGGCAAUUCACCUCAGAACGAUGCAGCUACAACGGACAGGUCAAGCGACUCGCCCGAGACCGAUUCUUCUACGGUUCGUCAGCCAACGGACUCUCAAAUCAAUGAUGCUGAUGAUGAUAACUUGCUUCAGCAUCUCCGACCGACUCACCAUCUUGAAGACCUAAAGGUUGGAGAUCAUGGUGUCCAACUCUUGGUGUCAACAAAGGAUCACUUGUACAACGCAAAGAAUGUCGAGGGCGGAGAGAACUCAUUCCAAUGUGUCGGAGCUUGGAGCGAUGAAUCAGUUCGCGAACUCGGACAAAUGCUUAUUUCACAUAGAAACGAGACCCAGAAUCCUCGCACUGCAGCACCCGAGUCAUCGCCAUUCAGCAGGCGAGGCUAUACUACAGGGGGCUCUAUUAGUACACAUGAUUCAACGGCGCCCAGGUAA